AUGUCGUCCUCACGCAUAUUCGUCAAAGGUCUACCGCCUACUCUGACACAGGAUGAAUUCAAAAAACACUUUUCCCAAUUAUCUCUAGUCACCGAUGCUAAACUAUUCCCCAAUAGAAGGAUUGGAUACAUUGGGUAUGCCACUGUAGAAGAUGCCGUGAAGGCCACGAAGUAUUUCAACAAAUCUUAUAUCCGUCUUUCACGUAUCAUUGUUGAGCUUGCUCGACCUAGCGAAUUUUCGGCGUCAUCUACGAGGAAAGCUAAAAGGGAAAUCGAAUGGCAAGAUGAGAGGACUCAAAAAAUACAAAACUCUGCGGUAGAUCCCAUUCUUACCCCUGGUGUUAAGAGGAAACGAGGGACUUAUGACGAAGCAGACCCCAAACUCCAAGAAUUUCUUGAAGUUAUGCAACCCGCUUCAAAACCCAAAUCAAUGGGAAAAAACGCUCCGCCUAUUCCUAGUACUUCCGAUUCAUUGCCAGUAAAAUCCGCGGCAAAUAAUAACGCUGAGAUUACUCAUGUAAAUCAUGAUCAGCCCGGCAACAUAACCCAGCCACUAGAGUCCCAACCUUACUUCCAUACUCAGAGACUGGAUAACAUCCCCCGCGUUAGUAUAAACUCGACAGAUGAAGACUGGUUACGAAGCCGAACAAGCAGAACACUUGACGUACUAGACUCAAAUAGCAUAAGUCUUUCUGACUUUUUGCCAAAGCCCAGAGAUACUGCUAUAGACACUUAUGUCCAAUCCUGCGACAAUGAUAAUAAACUCAAAGAUCAAUCCAACGUAUCUGCGGACAAUAUUGUUCCGGGCAACAAAUCUGAACUUGAGUCGACAAUGGAUUCAAUCAGGAAAACUGCACGCCUAUUUGUCCGAAAUUUGCCUUACACGGCAUCUGAGGCUGACCUUCGAUCUCACUUCUUGCCCUAUGGACCCAUGGAAGAAGUACAUCUGCCUGUUGAUUCUACUGGCGCUAGUAAAGGAUUUGCAUACAUUCAGUAUAGUGAUUCUGAUUCUGCUUUGCAGGCCUUCCACAAUCUUGACGGAGAAGCGUUUCAAGGAAGGCUUCUACACAUUCUACCUGGGCUAGAGAAGCGGGAAAAUAAACUAGAUGACAUUGUACUUUCUCAGAUGCCAGUCUCCAAGCAACGGCAAAUUAAAAGGAAGUCCGAGGCUGCUGUUAAGAUGUUUAACUGGAACUCUCUGUAUAUGGAUCAAGAUGCUGUGAAUUCAGUUAUAUCAAAGCGACUAGGUGUAUCAAAAUCUGAAUUGCUUGACCCCACUUGUACAGACUCUGCAUGGAAACAAGCUGUGGCUGAGACGGCUAUAAUUCAGGAAACAAAGGCUUACUUCACCGAAAAUGGAGUAGACUUAGAUUCUUUCAAAAACAGUGAACGCGGUGACACUUGUAUCCUAGUCAAAAAAAUUCCACACGGAAUGACAGUAGAAGAAUUAAGGAAAAUGUUUGAAGACUUCGGAAAAGUCCUAAGGGUCCUCAUGCCUCCCGCAGGGACUAUCGCCAUCGUGGAAUUAGAUCAGCCAGUUCAGGCUCGAGCUGCCUUUGCAAGCUUAGCAUAUCGCCGCGUUAGAGAUUCUGUUCUCUUUCUAGAGAAGGCACCUAAAAAUUUAUUCACCAGCGUUACUAGCAACAGGAGCAUGAUAGAUACCGAUCCUCAAGUUGUCGUUUCAGCUGAUUCAAAAAUUUCAGCCCAUGAUCUACUUGAACAGGACGUCUCUCACGAUGGAUUGAAUACUAGCACUCUCUACGUACGUAAUCUGAACUUCGUAACAAGUAGUCAGCGCCUCACAGAAAUAUUCCGCCCCCUAGAUGGCUUUUUAUCAGCGAGAGUCAACACAAAACCUGAUCCCAAAAAACCUGGUCAAGUUCUCAGCAUGGGCUUUGGCUUCCUCGAAUUCAAAACCAAGUCACAAGCAGAAGCUGCUCUUUUGUCUAUGAACGGAUUCGAUUUAGAUGGUCACAAGCUAGUCAUCAAGAUAUCCCACAAAGGUGUCGAUGCCGCUGAAGAGCGCCGGAGAGCGGACCAGACCAAAAAAGACUCAGAUAAAAAAACCAAAAUCAUUAUCAAGAACCUUCCAUUUGAAACAACCAAGAAAGACGUUAGAGGCCUCUUUAGUGCAUAUGGAAAACUUAGAUCCGUUCGUGUUCCAAAAAAGUUUGAUAACACCACUCGGGGUUUUGCUUUUGCCGAAUUCAUUACGCCGCGUGAAGCUGAAAAUGCACUCAAAGCCCUUAGACAUACCCAUCUCCUUGGACGGCGACUUGUACUAGAAUUUGCUUCCAGCUCAAACAUGGAUGCGGAGGAGGAAAUCGAAAGAAUGCAGAAAAAAGUUACAGCUCAAGUUAACAAAGUUGCCGUUCAAAGCAUUAUUGGUAGCGGGCGACGGAAGUUCAUUCUCGAAGAUGGAGCAGAUGAACAAUAA